AUGCGACUGCCCCUCCAGCUUCUACUAGCUUUUUUGAUUCAGCAAUGCAUCUGCGCUUCACAACCAGCCAAGCGCUCUUAUACAACACACGAUUAUUAUGUACUCGAGCAUUACCCUUCCGCAGGUGCAACUCUAAAUGAAUGCACCGAAGAACUUGGAGUGGAACUCGUCGAACAGGUCGGGGAAUUGCGAAACAUAUGGCUCGUGCGCUCCGCAAAGCUCAUGUCCAGCGUUUCUCCAAGGACAGCAUCAGACAGAGUACUUAGCAAGUUCGAGGAUUUGGCCAUCCUUGCAGCCCAUUCCACUAGUUUAUAUCCGCGGGCGGGUCGCCAAGCCCGUGCACAUCGCAUAUUAUCGUCCAUAAAAUAUUUAUCCCCUCAGAUACCCCGCCAACGGACAAAGCGAGAUGGCUCUUUCCUAGAACGUGCACCACCUCCCGUGACUCCCGACGACCCUCGACCGAAAGCCUCUGAGAUUAUUGCAGAACAACUUGGAUUUGUGGACCCCCUAUUUACGCAGCAAUGGCAUAUCGUUAACGACCAGUACCCCGAGCAUAUGAUGAACGUGACGGGUGUGUGGGAAAUGGGCAUCACGGGGGAAGGUAUCAUUACUUCGUUGGUGGAUGAUGGAUUGGACUACCGGAGUCGGGACUUGGCUGAAAACUUUGAUGCUGACAAUUCAUAUGACUUUAACGACCAUACCGAUUUGCCCACCCCAGUUCUUUCUAAUGAUAAUCAUGGCACACGCUGUGCUGGUCAGGUCGCCGCAGUCAAAAACGAUGUCUGCGGUGUCGGACUCGCUUACAAGUCAAAAGUUGCCGGCGUACGCAUAUUAUCAGGACCUAUAACCGACUCCGACGAGGCGGCUGCCUUGAACUACGGCUUGCACAAUGUCUCCAUCUUUAGUUGCAGUUGGGGACCACCUGAUGAUGGCAAGUCGAUGGAAGCGCCGGAAUAUAUCAUCGAAAAAGCUUUUGUAAACGGCGUACAAAACGGUAGGGAAGGGAAAGGUUCAAUAUAUGUUUUUGCCAGCGGAAACGGGGCUGCGCAAGGAGACCAAUGCAAUUUCGAUGGGUACACCAACAGCAUAUACUCCGUCACAGUCUCAGCCGUAGACUUUAAAGGCCUACACCCAUAUUAUUCUGAACCCUGCUCUGCCAAUAUGGUUGUAGCAUACAGUUCAGGGAGCGGUCAACAUAUCGUCACUACUGACACCAAUAACAAAUGUUCCAGCAAUCACGGUGGUACCUCUGCCGCCGCCCCCAAUGCAGCUGGUGUAUUUGCUUUGGUGCUUCAAGUUCGGCCUGACCUGACAUGGCGAGACAUACAACAUCUUUGCGUGAACACCGCCCAGAUGAUAAACCCUGAAGAUCCUGACUGGGAACCCAUGGCUUCUGGACAGAUGUACUCGUACAAAUAUGGCUUCGGGCAGCUCAAUGCAUACGCCUAUAUUCAAGCAGCACAGGAUUGGCAGCUUGUGAAACCGCAAGCGCGCUUCCACCCUCCUGCUGUGCAGAUCAACAACGGCACCUUACUCACAGAGGACGGGGACAUGGAGGGCGGGCAGUUGAUUAUCCCUGGAGGUGUCAUGAGCUCGUUCACGGUGACGCAAGACAUGCUUGACACGCACAACUUUGAGGGGUUGGAGCACGUGACGGUUAGAGUCUGGAUAUCUCACACCAAGCGUGGGGAUGUCGAAGUCGAGCUUACGAGCCCUGGUGGGGUACGCAGCGUUCUUGCAGCUAAGCGGGAUGGUGACCGCGACAGGACUGGUUUCAGAGGGUGGAGAUUCAUGUCCGUCAAGCACUGGGGUGAAAAUGCGCUUGGCACCUGGACGCUCAAGGUCUCUGAUCAAUCAUCCGAAGGGCACAAUGGAACCUUCCAUGGCUGGCGUCUCAUGUUCUGGGGCUCAUCCAUCGAUCCCAGUAUCUUAACAACUUACGUUCUUCCGCUUUCAGAGUAUCAGCUUCCUUCCACAGCUGACGACGACGCAAUUAACAUCCCCACAUCGACAUCAAGCAAAUCUCAUCCUAAGCCCACUUCUGGUCUCCCAGACGAUCACGGUACUGCCGAAGGCGAAGCCAACAAACCUGCGUUCCCAUCCCCGUCCGUACCCGCGACCGCAACGAUGACGCCCACACCAGACGAAGGGUGGUUCUCAGACAUGUCCAACCUCGUGUCUAGCCAGAAAUGGUUCUUCGGCGCUGUUGGCACAGUAGUGCUCUUUGGUGUUGGUGCAGCAGUGUUCUUCUGGAGACGCCGCGUGAAGCAUCGGGCGUACGCUGCGCUUAGUGCGGGCGAUGAACUGCAGAUGAACUCGGUCUCAAGGCAAGGCAGGCCCCGUGCCAAGGAGCUGUAUGAUGCGUUUGGAGAGCUGUCGGAUGACGAGGAUGCAGAUGAGGGGACUCGGUUGCAUGGUGUAGGGUUUCACUCUGGGUUCUUGGACGACGAUGAGCCGUCAGCUGCUGGCCCUGCCCCCGUGUACAGAGACGAGCCUCAAGGGGAGCAUGAUGCGAGUCCCGAUGUUAGAUCUUUAAGCCCUGGGAGCGGCAGCGGCAGCGGAGACGGCAGCUGGGAGCAUGCUUCUCAGACACCUUGA